UCUUUUUUUUUUUAAGAUUUUAUUUAUUUAUUUGAGAGAGAGAGAGAGAACACGAGCAGAGAGGGGAGGGGCAGAGGGAGAGGGAGCAGACCCCCUCCUGAACAGGGAGGCCCGGAUGAUGCGGACGAUGCGGGGCUCCAUCCCAGGACCUUGGGAUCAUGACCUGAGCUAAAAGCCAUUCUUAGCUCGAGGGCUGAAGGUUGGAUUUGGCCCGAGGGGCUGCCGUUUGCUGACCCCGUCUCAGACCUGCCCUGUCCAGCGGGGUACCCGCCCGGCGCCCUGCGGCUACCAGGCACUUGAAAUGUGGUGGGUUCACACAAGGAGCUGAAUUUAAAAUGUUCUUCAUUUUACUUAAUUUAAAUGUAAAUGCCUGACAAGUGCUCUGUGCCCCCCAGUCGACAAGCAGCUCUGAAGGACUCGAGGCCGUGGCAGCCCCCACCUACCAGCCUGUGGCUGGCAGGCCUCUCUCAGCGCUGUGGCAUUUCAAGGGCCGCCCGAGGGCAGCUGGGCCCCAGCCAUCUCCUCUCUGGCUGCAGGAAGCGCUUCAAGUGCCCUGUCCCUAAUUGUUUUUAUUUGUUGCAAGAGGCAGGCCUCCGCUGUGGGCCACCCAGGCCCCAGGAGCACCAAGGCCUAUGUACUCUGAGGCUCAGGGGCGGGAUGGGGGGGGAGCACUGGUUGCUGUGGUAACACCUGGACCCCACCCCUCCAUCUGUGUACUGAGAAUCAGCAGCCUGCUUUUGUGAGGAUAGACACAAAAUAGAGAGGCGAGGAGUGAGCUAAGAGGGAGCGAGGACAGAGAAAUGCAGUAAAGGUCUUACACCCGGCGGAUCUCCAGCACAGCCAAAAGAAAAUAAUCGCGGAGAUUUCUGAGUGCUCGCUAGAAAAGGGCCAUCGUGAGCUUUCAACAAAUGACAACCCAUUUUGCGGAACAGGAAAACUGAGGCUCAGAGGAACGAUGAUUUAAUGUAGUCAGGGAGUCGUCCAACCGCAGAGCUGUGUUCUGAACCAUCUCCAUGUCCUGGGAAGGGACCGGGAGCCCCAGACUCCGCAUGUGAGUCUGUGACAUGAUUUCCCUCGUGGGCCUCAGUCAUCCCAUCUGUAACAUGGAGGGAGGUGAGAACCAGACUGGAACUCCCCACCCUGAAGGGUUGUGCACCAGGAGCCCAUUGGUUCCACAUCCGCCCCAGCUUCCUGCCAGACCCCGUCGUACUCAUGGGCCCGUUCCUUUAGUGCGACGGUUAAGAGCCGGGUGUCUGGGGGCGCCUGGGUGGCUCAGUCGGUUAAGCAUCUGCCUUUGGCUCAGGUCAUGAUCCCAGGGUGUUGGGAUCGAGUCGCGUGUCAGGCUCCCUGCUCAUCGGGGAGCCUGCUUUUCCCUCUGCCUUUGCCCCUCUCCCUGCUCAUGCUCUCUCUCUCUCUCUCAAAUAAAUAAUUAAAAUCUCGAAAAAAAUGAAAAAAGAGCUGGGUGCCUGAGUCUCGCAGAUCUGGAUGGGGGUCCCGGUUCUGGAAGUCCCCUGGGGGUCAGCCGGCGGACAGUCUUGGCGAGGGGCCACAAGGGCUGGAACCCAGCAAUGAGAGUGCCCAGGGGAGAUGCGAGCCCCGCCGGCCCCCCGCUGACCUGUCGCUGAAGCAGGCUCGCCACCCCAGGCCCAGCAUGCGCCUGUCGGUGCGGAGGGCGCUGCUGGUGGCCGGCUGCGCCCUGGCCCUCGUGCUGGCGGUCCAGGUGGGGCAGCAGGUGCUGGAGUGCCGCGCGGUGCUGGGGGGCCUGCGCAGCCCGCGGCGGGUCAUGCGUCCGGAGCAGGAGGACCUGGUGAUGGUGGGCGCGGACCACGUGGAGUACCGCUACGGCAAGGCCAUGCCGCUCAUCUUCGUGGGCGGCGUGCCCCGCAGCGGCACAACGCUGAUGCGCGCCAUGCUGGACGCCCACCCCGAGGUGCGCUGCGGCGAGGAGACGCGCAUCAUCCCGCGCGUGCUGGCCAUGCGCCAGGCCUGGUCCAAGUCCGGCCGCGAGAAGCUGCGGCUGGACGAGGCAGGCGUGACGGACGAGGUGCUGGACGCCGCCAUGCAGGCCUUCAUCCUGGAGGUGAUCGCCAAGCACGGUGAGCCGGCGCGCGUGCUGUGCAACAAGGACCCCUUCACGCUCAAGUCCUCCGUGUACCUGUCGCGCCUGUUCCCCAACUCCAAGUUCCUGCUGAUGGUGCGGGACGGCCGGGCGUCCGUGCAUUCCAUGAUCACCCGUAAGGUCACCAUCGCGGGCUUCGACCUCAGCAGCUACCGUGACUGCCUCACCAAGUGGAACAAGGCCAUCGAGGUGAUGUACGCCCAGUGCAUGGAGGUGGGCAAGGACAAGUGCCUGCCCGUGUACUACGAGCAGCUAGUGCUGCACCCCCGGCGCUCCCUCAAGCUCAUCCUGGACUUUCUGGGCAUCGCCUGGAGCGACGCCGUCCUGCACCACGAGGACCUCAUUGGCAAGCCCGGUGGUGUGUCCCUGUCCAAGAUUGAGCGAUCCACAGACCAGGUCAUCAAGCCUGUGAACCUGGAAGCGCUCUCCAAGUGGACCGGCCACAUUCCCGGGGACGUGGUGAGGGACAUGGCCCAGAUCGCCCCAAUGCUGGCUCGGCUCGGCUAUGAUCCCUAUGCAAACCCGCCCAACUACGGCAACCCUGACCCCAUCGUGAUCAACAACACACACCGGGUCUUGAAAGGAGACUAUAAAACACCAGCCCAUCUGAAAGGAUAUUUUCAGGUCUUUGCUGUUCCUUCUACCAGGAAUGCUUUUCCAGCCAGGCCUUUGUGUGCCUCGCCUCAUUUGCAUCUUUUAGAUCUCAGCUUAUGGGACGUUUUCCAACACCAGCAACCAGUUCCUGAUUCUCCAAGCACCAACUGGAUUUCAGUUUGCGCAGUGACGCCCAGAGUUCGUGUCAGACCCCACAGGAUAAGGUGAACCAGAACAGCACCUCCUCCCACUUAGGAAGCUCAUGAUUUCCAGAUCUCUGCAGAUUGUUGCCGAGAGGAGAAGACACUUGGCAUUCGAGUGGAAAUCGGACCUCUAAUCCAAGCAUAUUGCUUGCUAUUAAUCGCCAAAACAGGACUGCUAAUGAGGAAUGUAUUUGCAUAUGUUUGCAAAAGCUGCAUCACUGAAAACUUAACCUGGAGACUCUCUACCUUUGGACGCCCCUGAGGUGGAGAGCCAAGGGUGUGGCAGUAGUCCGGCUUUUGAAACUUAGGUAUUUUUUAAUCUUUCCCCUCAAGAACUUUUUUUUAAAGAAAUGGAUUUGCCAUUUUUCUUAAUUUGCAGGUCUGCCUUGGUGGCUUUGUUUGCGGGGACAAGGCCCACACCUGUGCCUCUCCUAUUGACCCUUACUUUUCAAUUCAAAGAAUCUAUUUAAGAAUUUAAUAUAUGAGGUUUUCUUUGAUUCUUCCUCAGUUCUACUCAGAUUCAGAGAACAAAGAAUUAUUUGAAUAAAGUGAAUAGGGACUCAUUUGUCUGUGCCUGA